AUGGUUGAGCAGCUAGCAGCGACGGAUGGGGUGGUGGAUAGCGAUGUGGACUUCGAAUUGGGACCACUAAGCUGGGUUGAUGGUUCGGAUCCCAGAGGCUAUGUCGUUUUUGCAUUUCAUGCUGCCACCUCCAGAUUGGAUCCAUAUUGCACCAGGGCCAAAGCAAUGAGCCAGAGAGGUGGAGGUGGACGACAAGGCUGGCCUGGCCGGCCACCUAGUCGUACUCGAUCCCCAGGCAUACUUGGUACCAGCGCCACUGCACCGUACGCUAAAUGCACUCCUCCGCAUCUUAUUCACUCCUACGACUGA